UUCUGCCCCGGGGCUGGAGGCGGGGCCGCCACCCUGGGGCCAGUCCAGUCGGGACUGACCGCCGGGGAUUGGGGCUGAGUUCCAGGCCAGCAGCCCCAGUCCAGGUCGCGUCGCCUCGCUGCACCCCGAAGCCGGCGCCGGGAGCGGGUCUUGUGUGCUCGCCGUGCCCCUGGGCGAGCUGGGCUCCCGGGGCCAGGAGGCCCGGCACCGCUGAUCGCCUGAAGAGACUCGCUGGUUGUGGUCGCCGCCAGGGAUAUUUCUUCAUCUUGAAGAUAAAGCAAAAAUCUUUUUCUGAAACAGAUGGAUUUUUGUCACUUCCUGUGAACUAAGACGAUUCAAUGUCUCUUUUGGAUUGUUUCUGCACUUCACGAACACAAGUUGAAUCACUCAGACCUGAAAAACAAUCUGAGACCAGUAUCCCUCAACACUUGGUUGAUGAGCCACCCUUUUCCCGGUUGCCUUCAUCCACUAGAGCCAAGGAUGUGGUAUGUUCCACCAAUGUUUCUCACUAUGAACUCCAAGUGGAAAUUGGAAGAGGAUUUGACAACUUGACUUCUGUCCAUCUUGCCCGGCAUACUCCUACAGGAACACUGGUGACUAUAAAAAUUACAAAUCUGGAAAACUGCACUGAUGAACGCCUGAAAGCUUUACAGAAAGCAGUGAUUCUGUCCCACUUUUUCCGGCACUCCAAUAUUACAUCUUAUUGGACCGUUUUCACUGUUGGGAGCUGGCUUUGGGUUAUUUCUCCAUUUAUGGCCUAUGGUUCAGCAAGUCAACUCUUGAAGACUUACUUUCCUGAAGGAAUGAGUGAAACCUUAAUCAGAAACAUUCUCUUUGGAGCAGUGAGAGGGUUGAGCUAUCUGCACCAAAAUGGCUGCAUUCACAGGAGUGUUAAAGCCAGCCAUAUCCUCAUUUCUGGUGAUGGCCUAGUGACCCUCUCUGGCCUGUCCCACCUGCAUAGUUUGGUUAAGCAUGGACAGAGGCAUAGGGCUGUGUUUGAUUUCCCACAGUUCAGCACAUCAGUGCAGCCGUGGCUGAGCCCAGAACUACUGAGACAGGAUUUACAUGGAUAUAAUGUAAAGUCAGAUAUUUACAGUGUUGGGAUUACAGCAUGUGAAUUGGCCAGUGGGAAGGUACCAUUCCAGGACAUGCAUAGGACUCAGAUGUUAUUACAGAAACUGAAAGGUCCGCCUUACAGUCCAUUGGAUGUUAGUAUCUUCCCUCAGUCAGAAUCCAGAAUGAAGAAUUCCCGAUCAGGUGGAGACUCUGGGAUUGGAGAAAGUGUACUAGUCUCCAGUGGAACUCGAACAGUAAAUAGUGACAGAUUGCAAACUCCAUCCUCAAAAACUUUCUCUCCUGCAUUCUUUAGCUUGGUAAAGCUCUGUUUGCAACAAGAUCCUGAGAAAAGACCAUCUGCAAGCAGUUUAUUGUCCCAUGUGUUCUUCAGACAGAUGAAAGAAGAAACCCAGGACUCAAUACUUACACUGUUGCCUCCUAAACCAUCAGUAGCACUGUCUCCAGUGUCACCUUGGACUGAGCCGGAAUGUGAUUUUCCUGAUGAAAAAGACUCAAACUGGGAAUUCUAGGGCUGCCAAAUCCUGUAUGUCCUAGAUACUUGACACUUUCUCCCUGCUGCUUUUCUUCUGUAUUGCUAGGUACAAAAAACUAGAAUUAUACUUGAAAAUACCAUUGUUGCACUGGAGAAUCUAUUGUUUAAAACCACUCUGUUCAAAGGAGCAUGAGUUUAUAGCCUCUUUGGUUAACUCAGAGUUCUAUUUUAACUCCAGGAAAACGUCAGAAUUAUGAAUCUAGUUACAUUUAGUGUCAUUUGUUCUCCCCCAAGCUGUGACUAAUUCCUCUUCUUGAUCUUUGAGCCAUUUAAUUUUUUCAGCAUUUUGUUGUCCUCAGAGGACAGUGCUUCCAAGUACAUUUUUUACUUCCAGAUUCUCUAGCCUUUUUGAUCAGCCUAUUAUUAGACCAACAGGCUAGUUUAUCCUGGCAUCAAAACCUUUUGGUACUAGGGAAAAGGUUUAUACUUCCCCCAUUUUAUUCUGUUAAUACUUAUGGUAAUACCAAACUGAGCCUCAUUCACAUUAAAUGAUAAGGAAGUUGUCAUUUGCUUUUUUUUUUUUUUUUCAUUUUUAAGAGGCUAAAGUGACACUUUUCUACUUAUGUAAAUUAUAAAUCCUAAAUUCAUGCACCCUGUGGGAGCUCAAUAAAGAUUUAUUAAAUUGA